AUGACACCUAAGAUUGCGGAUGCAUCGAUGUGGAAUUCGGUCAUACCUAAAUUUUUACGGAAUGGGGACCGAAAAGCGUCGAAGCAUGGCACAGAUAUCGGAAUUAUAGAACGAAAUCCCGCGGUUUUCUACAUCCUUAUGUUCAUAUUAAUUGGGUCCCAGGCAAUUCACCUGCUUCAACUUCGAACUUCCCACGAGAAUUUCUUGCGCAGUACGAACUCUAAGAUAAGGCAACUAAGUGAGGUCAUUGAUAAACUCAAGAACGGCGAGGAAGUGGACGUGAAGAAGGCGCUUGGUACAGGUAAUAAGGCGUCAGAGGAUGAGUGGGAAGAAGAAUUAGUGUUAAGGGAAAUUGAGCGAGAAGAGUUGGACUGGAGGUCAAAACUCGACUCCGUACAGGCGGGUGAAAAGCCUCCGCAAUCUGAAGCUACGACCUCAGGUGACGAAACAGUGAAGAAGUCUAGUCGACCUCCAAGGUUCUAUUAA